AUGAAGAGCAAGUCACAGUCCCGGCUGGCUGAGUCGGCCUACUGCUCCCCGUACACUCGUGCGGGGGCCCCUCAACCUGGGCCACACGCUGAUCCGUAUGCCUCUCUACGCGAGAAGGCACUUAAUACACUCGAGAAAAUGGGAUAUGACCCAAAAACCAUGAUCGAACAUGGAGUUCUCUGGGCGGAACACCAGGAUCCAUUUGGGCAUGUCAAGCAGUCGCAGUACAUGGCCUUUCUAGGCACCUGCUUCCAUCGGGUCAUGGAGAGCUAUGAUGAAUUUCUUAGCGAGGAAGAAUAUAAUGGCAUGGUAAAUGGAAAGACUGUCAUCCCAGCUGUAAGAAAGUAUGACUUGGAUAUACGGAGGCAGGUCAAGUACCCAGACUCGUUGAUCGCCGCAUACCGCCAAGAACGGAUAGAACCCACACGCAACCACGGCGUUACCUCUCUGUUCUCUCUGCAGCAACAAGCCAUUGUUGCAGAAGUCAAGGGGUAUGUGACAUAUGUAGAUGUCAAGACAGGGCGUCCUAUCGAUAUAAACACUCUUGGUGGCAACUGGCCUCUCCUGUAUGAAGGUUUUAGCCAGAAAUCUGCAGAUGCUAUGGCACGUAAGAAGAAGUGGGACGAGGAGAGGGAGCCUCGAGCCUCCAAAAUUUGA